GAGCUGGAGCUGGGGCAGCACUGCGGGGUGCCCGACUGCCGCCAGCUCGAUUUUCUUCCCUUUGUAUGUGACGGCUGUUCAGGUAUCUUUUGCCUUCAGCACAGGAGCCGGGAUGCUCAUGGGUGUUCUGAGGUGAAUAUAAGAAACAGUUCUGUGAAACCUGAUCAGCAUAGGUCUUACCCAUGCUCAUACAAGGACUGCAAUGGAAAGGAGCUUUUGCCAGUGUUAUGCCCUUACUGUGAAAAACAUUUUUGUCUCAGGCAUCGUCAUCAAUCAGACCAUGAAUGUGAGAAGCUGGACACACCAAAACCCCGAAUGGCUGCCACCCAGCAGCUCGUUCAACAUAUUAUAGAUUCUAAAAAAAGUGAUGAAGUGAAAAGCAAAAAACGUAAAGGAGCAAAAAACAGUGAGACAGCAGCAAAAGUGGCAUUAAUGAAACUGAAAAUGCAUGCAUGUGGGGACAAGUCCCUGCCUCAGACAGAAAGAAUUUACUUUCAAGUAUUUUUACCAAAAGGGAGCAAAGAGAAAAGCAAACCUAUGUUCUUUUGCAGUAAAUGGAGUAUUGGCAAAGUAGUAGAUUUUGCAGCUUCCUUAGCAAGCCUUAAAAAUGACAACAACAAAUCAACAUCCCAGAAACUGAGAUUAUGCCAUCCUGCCUCUGGAGAAGCCUUGCCAUUUGAGCACACACUGGAAACAUGGCUAUCUGAUAAAGACUGUUCACUGUACAAUGGAGGGAAUAUAAUUCUGGAGUAUCUUGAUAAUGAUGUUCUAUGUAUAGAAGAUACAGAAUCCUACUUUAGUUAGUGAAUACAUUUUCACAAACAAAAAAAAUCUAGUAUAUUUUAGAAGCAUGGUAUUAAAGGAAAUCCAGUUUUCGUUUAAAAUCACCGGUAUGCCAGAAUCUGUCUUCCAUUGUAAAGACACAGUUCCCAUCAAUUUCUCAGUUGCUUGACUGCAGAAGAACUCUAUCCUGAAAGGAAAAUUAUAAUAACUAAUGUUACAGAUACUCACAUUCUAGAAUAAAUUCUCACUCUAUUGAGCUGUAUAAUUUCAAGAACGUUUUCUUAAAUUUGGUAUUUAUUUUAGUAUAAGUGAUGGGGACAUUAUGUCUUUAUAAAUAAUGAAAAUGUAAACUUGCAGUAUGACAGUUUUUCUGAAGGAAAGAAACAUAUUACACUAUUGCAGCAUCUUUUCUGCAUCUAUGCAAACAGAUUUGAUUGCAUUUGGAAACCAGCACUGUCCAUACACCAGGUCCACAUUUUCUCUUUGUUAUAGUUUGAUGACAUUUAUAAGGAAAGCUUUAUGAAGCAAAAGUAAAUUCACUCAGGUGUCAUCCUUAUUGUAAAUCUCAUUGUGUGAUUAGGUGGGGGAUAAGAGAUCUCAGUAAGCCUAUCACUUAUUUUGCUUUACAGUACUCUUUACUGUAGUUUUAACAUGACUUGGGUAUGAAUAAAUUACUUUAUUGGA